CGUCGUGACGUCAGAGGUGACGUCUCGGGCAGCUCCCCGGAUGCGGCUGUGAUUGACUCGACCAGGCAGAAGCGAUCGCUUGCUAAGUGGCGGUGCCCUUGUUUGUUUGCAGGUGCUGCAGCCCCAGUGGUCGUUGGCAGGAUGCAGACCAUAAAGUGUGUGGUUGUUGGCGAUGGGGCAGUGGGGAAAACCUGCCUACUCAUCUCGUACACCACAAAUGCCUUCCCCGAAGAAUACAUUCCAACCGUGUUUGACAACUACAGCGCUCAGAUGAGCGUGGAUGGCCGCACUGUCAGCCUCAAUUUGUGGGACACAGCUGGCCAGGAGGAGUACGACCGCCUGCGUACUCUCUCCUAUCCCCAAACCAACGUAUUCAUCAUCUGCUUUUCCAUCGGCAGCCCCUCCUCUCACGCCAACGUCCGGCACAAAUGGCACCCGGAGGUGUCCCACCACUGCCCCAACGUGCCCAUCCUGUUGGUGGGCACCAAGAGGGACCUGAGGGGCGACGUGGAGACGACGAAGAAGCUGAAGGAGCAAGGGUUGGCGCCCACGACCCAGCAGCAGGGCAACGCCCUCGCCAAGCAAAUCGGGGCUGUCAAAUACAUGGAGUGUUCCGCGCUGCUGCAGGAAGGCGUCCGGGAGGUGUUUGCAGAGGCGGUGAGAGCGGUGUUGUACCCCGUCACAAAAAAGAAUGCCAAGAAAUGCGUGCUUUUGUAAUGAGGAUUCCCGGAUUUGGAUUGCGGCGGGGUGCUAUUGGAGUUCCACAGAUGCAACGGAUGACUGAAAGCAGUCACUUCCUGGCUGCUCCCAAGCAGUUUUGACGUCUUUAUCAGCUCCUUAUUUAUCCUCAGGAGGACUUCACCCUAAUGCCAUCAUCACCAAAGUGACUUUGCCAGAAUGAGGGCGAGAAAAAACAAAGCAAAUCUCUUAUUUUUUUCUUACAUUUAAAAAUUUUGGUAUUUACACUUUCUUCACUUGUUACACAUGUUCUAGAUGUCUAGCUUUUCUGCUUCGCCUUUGAUAAGAAUGCUGAUAAUGGUUGUCACAAGCCAUAAUUCCAUCUAAACCAAGCUGACCUGUUUGACUGGAGAGAUCUACUGUUGUUUAGGUGGAGAAAUAGUGACUACCUCAUACUCUUCACAUAGGUUUUUGCAUCUCGCGAGUGUCAAGCAACCGCUUCGUGACGUCUGCCGUUUAGCCGAGCAGCUUUUCAAUUUCAAGCAGCUUGAGUCCGGAGAAGGCGCGACAACCCCCCCGGACAAGGGCCAGUUCCCAGCGCAUCACCAGUUUGCGCGGAUUAGCGUCGAGCUCGGUGCUCAGUGUGGCGUGCUUGAGAUGUCCAUCCCGCCGCCCACGCACGGAAGAGCCGGCGGGCCUUUUCAAGAUAAGCCCGUCUCAUUAAAAUCAGCCGACCAUGCGUCUUUUAAGCCAAAUUAAACCAAAUUGCAACCGCAUAGGUUGUAUUGCAGCUCGUCAAUUUAAAAUAUGCCUCGGACUGACCUUGACACCUGGAACUCCCGCGAGGAACAUUUGGCAAGGUUUUCUUGAUUGAUUUUGGCAGAAUUAAGGAUGAGGUGGUCCGGUUGUAUUGACAUGGGAAGAUUGUUCUGGGCUUCUGUUUGCCUAAAAAGAUGAAAGCUUCCCGGAGGCAUGCACAUAUUUAGCUCGACUUCCCAUAGUUGUUUCUUUGGACCGCAAACUAGUGACUCCACAGUGCCUCUGCUGGUCGCAGCCAAGUAGUGCACUCAGUUGCUUCAAUGACGCGAUUAAUCGAUUAUCGUGCUCCUCCCUCUUGGAAUCACAGACUGUAUUUUCAAAUCAGGAAAUGUUGAAUCGACUCCUAAACGGUUUUAAUCUACUCUGUGGCCAAAGUUGAAUAUAUUUUGUAAUAUCCUCUUGUUUAUUAGAUUGUUAUUGUCAAUGAUCUCGCUGCCUUGCACCACAUUAAAUAUGACCACUGCCUAUUUGACCCAGUAUAUCCUGUAAUACUAGAACA